AUGGGGAGCUACUACAAGGAUGCGACGCUUUCCAUUGCGGCAAGUCAUCCAAACAGCGCAGAUAAGGGUAUCCUGGCCAAACGAGAGUCAGUUCUAUUCAAUAGAUCUGCAGACUUCGCGACUAUGGUUCCCUGCAAGUCGUCUGAUGGAACGUCCAACAUCUACAUCAGAAAGCAACUAUUGUCUUUCGAAGACAUGCUGGAUUCCAAGCUCUUUAAUCCACUCGAGCUCCGGGGGUGGGUGCUACAAGAGACUAUGCUUGCGCCUCGGACUCUGUACUUCACACAGGAGCAAGUUAUCUGGCACUGCCGAACUUGUGGUCGGGUUGAAGCCGACCGGAAUCCGAUUCUUUCGGCAUCUCUUCCCUUGAACUGGACUAACCCAAAGGCUUUCAUUUCUUUGAAUGGGGCAUCCACGUCAGCCGUAUCGAGCAGCGAGGACACUGAUCAACCCCCGGAUGCACAUGGAGCGUGGCUUCGUAUCGUCAUCGACUUCUGUGGCCGCAAGCUCACAUACGCCGAUGACCUCUUCCCUGCCAUUUCGGGUUUGGCCAGAGAAGUGCAUAGGAUGACAGGAGAUACUUACUGCGCUGGCUUAUGGCGAGGCGAUAUAGCUCGAGGGUUGAUGUGGUAUCGACAAGCGCCAGUCAAAGAGACCCCCAAGUAUCUAGCCCCAUCCUGGAGCUGGGCCUCCAAGACAUCAGCGGUUGACGGGGGGAUGGAUCCGUACUUUAUGAUCCAGAAUACGCGUGUAGUUGAAGGGACGAGUCUUCAGGUGAUUGAUGUUCAACUGGAACUCGCGACGAGCGACCCGUUUGGAAAGCUGAAAGGGGGGAGAAUUCGAGUUCAAGCGUGGACAUGGAAAGCGCACUUGUCUGGAGGGAGUUCGGAUGCCGAAGACAAUACUGGUGAAGCAUCCCCGGAUCCAGCUCGCAGCAAGGAUGAGACGACCAAAGGCGACCAAGUCCACGUCAACAAACUCGAUGUUCGCGAUGAUGCUAGGGGAAUGAUAUACAGCCUCGACACAGAGGAAAGUUUAGAGGAAUUCCUCAAGGUCGAUAAGACGCAUUCACCUUUUCUGGCGCUUGGGGUAGGUGUGCUUCAAGACGCAUCGGAUAUUGCUCGAAGGUAUGAUACCGAUAUGAUGUCCGGACUUCUACUUCGGAAAUCAGCUCAGUUGGCUGGGGCAUAUGUACGUGUUGGCAUAUUUGACGGGGAUGUAGAGGGUUGCCGGCGAGAUCCGUGGAAGAUGGAUAUUGUCGAUAUCGUAUAG